UCCCGCUGUGUGAUUAACAGAACACAAACUUUUGAGGGAGAGAGAGAGGAACAAAAGGAAAGAGUCGAAAGACUAAUUUUUCUGAGCUCUCUCCGACUAAUUCUUUUGAAAUUAGGGAAAAAUAAAACAAUCCCGUAGAAGGUUGGUGAUAAGGAGCUUUAAAAUUUUGAGAAAUUUACUUUAGUUGUCAUCAAGGAAUAUGAGCAAUACCUUAGGGAAUAGCUUGCUUCACCAGUCAUUAUAUAGGUUUGCUGUACUAGAGCAUCAAAGCAAGACAAGUUGUGCAAAUUCUUUGUUCCAAGCUUCUUCAGCAAUUCAUAAAAAGCCUCUUCUUUCCACUAGUUUCCGUGGAAAUUGCCUAAAUGUGAAGAAGAAAUUCAAAAUACCAAAGGGGGCACGUAAUAUGAAUUCUGUUGUUCCCCAUGCUGUAUUGGCUACAAAUCCUGCUUCUGAGCUUGCAGGAAAGUACAAUCUUGAUGGAAAUUCUGAGUUACAGAUAGAUGUUACUGCACCUACCUCAGGAUCGCUCAUGCAAGUAGUUAUCCAAGUCUCAAAUAGUAGCAACUCUCUAGUUCUUCAUUGGGGUGGCAUUCGUGACGGACAAAAGAAUUGGGUACUUCCUUCUUGUCAGCCUGAUGGGUCAAAGUUAUACAAAAAUAGGGCUAUUAGAACUCCAUUUGUAAAAUCUGGUUCCAGCUCCACUGUUACAAUAGAAAUCGAUGACCCGCAGAUACAAGCAAUAGAGUUUCUUAUAAUUGAAGAAUCGCAAAACAAAUGGUUUAAAUGUAAUGGGGACAACUUCCAUGUCCAGUUGGCACAGAGAGCCAAAAGAAGUUCAAAUAGUUCAGUUCCUGAAGAUCUUGUACAGAUUCAAGCAUAUUUAAGGUGGGAAAGGAAGGGUAAGCAGAUGUAUACUCCAGAGCAAGAGAAGGUGGAGUAUGAAGCUGCUCGAACUGAACUACAGGAUGAACUGGAAAGGGGACUCUCUGUAGAGGAGCUGCGCUCCAAAAUAACAAAAAGUGAUGGUAAAAGCAAAACAAAGGAGGCCAGUGCUCCAAACGAGAAAUCUAAAACUCCUAAGAAACAGGAAACCAAAAGACAUUAUAAUGUCGAAAAGAUUCAGCGAAAGCGAAGGGACUUUAUGGAGCUUCUUAACAAAUAUGCUGCAGAAUCUGUGAAGGAAAACGUCAAUAACACACUGAAACCUCCAACUGCGGUUGAGCUUUUUACGAAGGCUAAGGAGGAGCAAUAUGGUGAUUCUGUUAUAAAUAAGAGAACCUUUAAACUUGGUGAUAAGAAAGUUGUGGCACUUGUAACCAAGACUCUUGGGAAGACAAAGGUUUAUCUGGCUACAGAUUUCGUAGAACCACUUACACUUCAUUGGGCUCUGUCAAAGAAUGCUGGAGAGUGGCAGGCACCACCUACAAGUUUAUUGCCCGAGGGUUCAACUCUGCUAGACCAAGCUAGUGAAACACAAUUUAAGAAGAGUUCUUCCAGUGAUCCUACUUACCAGGUGCAAUCCUUAGAAAUUGAGAUUGGGGAGGAGGAUUAUGUAGGGAUGCCUUUCGUCCUUUUAUCAGGUGGAAACUGGAUGAAGGAUAGUGGUUCUGACUUUUAUGUUGACUUUAAGACUGGACCCAAGAACGUUAAACAGAAUCCUGGUGGUGGCGAGGGUACUGCAAAAGCGUUGUUGGAUAAAAUAGCAGACGUGGAGAGUGAGGCUCAAAAGUCUUUUAUGCAUCGGUUUAAUAUUGCAGCAGAUCUAGUUGAUUGGGCCAAAGAUGCUGGGGAAUUGGGUCUUGCAGGUAUACUUGUGUGGAUGCGUUUUAUGGCAACAAGGCAGCUGAUUUGGAAUAAGAACUACAACGUCAAACCACGUGAGAUCAGUAAAGCUCAGGAUAGGCUUACAGACUUGCUUCAAAAUGUAUACAAAAGUCAGCCCCAAAACAGGGAAAUUUUGCGCAUGAUCAUGUCCACUGUUGGUCGUGGAGGUGAAGGAGACGUGGGACAGCGUAUUCGUGAUGAAAUUUUGGUUGUGCAGAGAAAUAACAAUUGCAGUGGAGGAAUGAUGGAAGAAUGGCAUCAAAAGCUCCAUAACAACACUAGCCCUGAUGAUGUUAUUAUAUGUCAGGCACUUAUAGAUUACAUUAAAAGUGACUUUGACAUCAGUGUUUAUUGGAACACUCUAAGUUCAAAUGGCAUAACGAAAGAGCGGCUUCUUAGUUACGAUCGUGGAAUUCAUUCUGAACCACACUUCAGCAGUGACCAGAAAAAUGGUCUGUUGCGUGACCUUGGAAAUUACAUGAGAACUUUAAAGGCAGUUCAUUCAGGUGCAGAUCUAGAGUCCGCUAUUGCAAAUUGUAUGGGCUACAAGGCUGAGGGUCAAGGUUUCAUGGUUGGUGUUAACAUAAACCCUAUAGCAGGCUUGCCAUCUGGAUUUCCGGAUCUGCUGAGUUUCGUUCUGAAUCAUGUAGAAGAUAAGAACGUAGAACCACUUCUAGAGAGUUUAUUGGAAGCUCGUGAGGAACUUCGACCUUCUCUUGUUAAUGCACAUGAUCGUCUACGUGAUCUCCUAUUUUUGGACAUUGCUCUUGAUUCUACGGUUAGAACAGCCAUCGAGAGGGGAUAUGAGGAACUGAAAAAUGCAGGACCUGAGAAAAUUAUGUAUUUCAUUUCUCUUGUUCUUGAAAAUCUUGCACUUUCGUCAGAUAACAAUGAGGACCUCAUCUACUGCCUAAAGGGUUGGGAUCAUGCUAUGAACCUGGCCAAGGGUGGAGACAGUAACUGGGCAUUGUAUGCAAAAUCAAUCCUUGAUCGAACGCGUCUUGCUCUUACAACCAAAGCAGAGCAUUACCAGAAAGUUCUGCAACCAUCUGCGGAGUACCUCGGAUCAUUGCUUGGGGUUGAUGAAUGGGCUCUAAGCAUUUUCACGGAAGAAAUGAUUCGUGCUGGUUCGGCUGCAUCCUUGUCUGCACUACUUAAUCGGCUUGACCCUGUUCUUCGAAAGACUGCUAAUUUGGGAAGUUGGCUGGUUAUUAGCCCAGUUGAAGUUACUGGAUAUGUUGAAGUAGUAAAUGAAUUGCUUGCAGUUCAGAACAAGACUUAUGAGAGGCCUACAAUUCUUGUGGCAAAAAAUGUAAGAGGAGAGGAAGAAAUUCCUCAUGGAAUUGUUGCUGUACUAACACCUGACAUGCCAGAUGUUCUAUCUCAUGUAUCUGUGAGAGCUCGAAAUAGCAAGGUCUGUUUUGCAACAUGCUUUGAUCCGGACAUUCUGAGUGACCUCCAGUCCAAAGAAGGAAAAUUGCUGUGCCUAAAACCUACCUCUGCAGAUGUUGUUUAUAGUGAGGUGAAGGACAGCGAACUUUCUGGUGCAAGCACAAAUUCCACGGAAGACGGAUCUUUACCAUCCAUAUCUCUAGUUAAAAAGCAGUUUGCCGGUAGAUAUGCUAUAUCGUCUGAGGAGUUUACCAGUGAAAUGGUUGGAGCUAAAUCUCGUAACAUUUCCUACAUCAAAGGAAGGGUUCCAUCUUGGGUAGGAAUUCCGACGUCAAUUGCCCUUCCAUUUGGGGUCUUUGAGGAAGUUCUUUCAGAGGGUUCAAACGAGGAAGUUGCUGAGAAACUACAGUCCCUGAAGAAAAGGCUGGGGAAUGGAGAGACUGAAACACUCGGGGAAAUUCGUAAGACCGUGUUGGGGCUUGCAGCUCCACCUCAGUUGGUUCAAGAGUUGAAAAAUAAGAUGCAAAGUUCAGAUAUGCCAUGGCCUGGUGAUGAAGGGGAGAAACGUUGGGAUCAAGCAUGGAUGGCAAUAAAGAAGGUGUGGGCUUCAAAGUGGAAUGAAAGAGCAUACUACAGCACAAGGAAAGUAAAAUUGGAUCACAAUUUUCUCUGCAUGUCUGUACUGGUACAAGAGAUUAUAAAUGCAGAUUAUGCUUUUGUUAUCCAUACUACCAAUCCCUCUUCUGGAGAUUCAUCAGAGAUCUAUACUGAGGUGGUGAAAGGACUUGGAGAAACCCUAGUUGGUGCUUACCCAGGCCGUGCUUUGAGCUUUGUCUGUAAGAAAGAUGAUCUUGACUCUCCAACGUUAUUGGGAUACCCAAGCAAACCUAUUGGACUAUUUAUAAGACGAUCACUCAUCUUCCGAUCUGAUUCAAAUGGUGAAGAUCUGGAAGGUUAUGCAGGUGCCGGUCUUUAUGAUAGUGUGCCAAUGGAUGAAGAAGAAAAGGUUGUGGUGGACUACUCAACAGAUCCGUUGAUCAUGGACAGUAAUUUCCGUAACAAAAUCCUAUCUAGCAUCGCUCGUGCAGGGCAUGCAAUUGAGGAACUCUAUGGAUCUGCACAAGAUAUUGAAGGCGUAGUUAAGGAUGGAAAGAUAUAUGUUGUGCAGACAAGACCACAGAUGUAAUUCUGAUUCCCUUCACUUCCCUUCUUGCGAAGGAACAAAUUUGCGUGAGAGGGAACAAGAAAAAGCAACAGUUUAAGUAGAAAAAAAGCAUCAUAAUUUUAGUUUUGUAGUAGCCACUAUUUUGAUUCAGGUUAGUGAGUAGUGUAGAACUAGAAGUCCACAACUCUUGAAGUGUAAUAAAAACCAAAUAACUGUAAUUUACAGAGAUAAUUUAUUCUUAUAUAUAAAAGUAUAAAAGGUAAUAAAAAUUACCCCUGGUCUACCAGACUACCAGGUUUUGGCA